UCCUUCUCUAUCUCUGUCUUUUUUUCUCUCUCUCUCUCUCCAGAGAUUUCUUUCGUGCAAACCCAGUCAUGGUGGAUAGAUACGAAGAAACCAGACGCAUGUGCAGUUUCAUCCAAGUGCUGACAUUCCUCUCUCUCCUCCUUAAGUGGAUGGUUUUUACGUAGACAGUGCCUUGUUGAAUUAUGCCCGUGUCAAGAGAUCCACAUUUGACGGUGGAAUAUGCCACCCCAAAUUUGAGACAGAUUGAGUCUCUUUCCGGCAAAAGGACGUUCCAACCAGAGAGGGUGAUUGGAUGCCCUGAGCCCACGACGACGACCUCGAUUUAUUCUGACAUUUCCAGUGAAGCGGAAUCCGACCUGUCCACCAGCACGAAUGCCACAAGGAGUUCCAGGGAAUCCGACUCGUCUCAUGGUUCCCGAGACAUCAAACGGAGACAUAAGCACGUGUUCCACCAACAAACUCCUAAAGAGCCAUUGCUACAGUUCAGAUAUCUUGUCAUUGUUUGUCUUUAUUUGGGCCCUGUCUGCUCAGGGUUCCUAGUUGGUCUACUCCAAGCCUUUAACUUGGCCUAUAGUCCGUAUUACUCAUUGGAGCAGCCUUUUCCCAAUUGGAGUAUCCAUGUCAUCUUCUUCAGUGGCCUGGGCUCUUCCCUGCUUUUAGGCAUUGGCCUUUGUUUCGGCAAAGUCAAACUCUUGGCUUUGGUGGCGGUGCUCCAGUUUUUGUCAUCCCUGCUCAUACUGUUCAGCACCACGAGUUGGUGGAUGGUCCACGUGGCGGAAGUACUAUGCGGAGUAUCUAUCGGAAUACACGUCCCAUUGCAACAGAUUGUGACUGCAGAAAGUUUGUCGGCCUUUCGAAGAGCCUCCAUUGGUAUAUUAAGCUACAUUCUCGUUCACUUGGGCAUCUUGUUAGCCCAUCUUCUGUCAAGUGUGAUCGUUGUUCAAGCCUUAGCCAUUGUUAACUUGGUGGCUCUGAUCCUGAAUUUCCUCUCGAGUGGUUUCGCUCAUCCAGAAACGCCAAGAUUCCAUUUUGACCGAGUGGAGCGCUCGAAAUGUGUGAAUGCACUUCAAUGGUUGCGCGGGAAAAGCAGUGAUAUCGGCUUCGAAUACGAAGAACUGGCUCACAAUCUCUCUAUUCUCGCAACACCGAGUUUCAACCGGCGAGAGCGACUGAAUUCACUGAUAAAGAGCAGAUCGGUUUACCAACCCCUAUUGACGUCCGUCACCAUCCUGAUCCUAUCAGUGGCUUGUGGCUACUUACCCAUAACGUUCCUUUUCAUCACCAACUUUCACUUGAGUGUUCCCAAAUUGGACGAAGACCUACGGAACCUACUCCUUAUCAGCAAUGUCCUCGCUCCAUGCAUUCCCUUGUUCCUCAUCGAUCGUUUGGGACGAAAACUUCUCCUCUUGAUCUCGACCGCCUUGAUGGCGGUGUCCAUGACUUUUUUGGCUCUCUUGGCCCACAUGGAACCGGACAUCACCUUGUUCCAAGUCAAGUACACAGCCAUUGUGGCGUCCGCCGUGUUCCUUCUGUCGUUCCAAGUGGGUCUGGGACCCUUAGCCUGGAUUCUAGCCAUGGAACUGAUUCCGGGCUCACUUCUACCUUGGGCCGUGCCCGUUGUCUCGAGCACUUGGUGGAUCUUGGGAUUGGUCUUCACGUUGACCAUGCGGCCAGUGUUUGACACCAUUGGUGUACCUGGGUUUUGUACCAUUUUCGCCGUGGUUUCAGGCCUCACGUACGGAUUUGUUUUGGAAUGGAUCCCGGAUUAUCGAGAAGUGUCAUUGGAGGAAAUCGAGCGCUUUUUUCGGAAGUACGAUCAGCGAAAACUCACUUUGGAUAUCUCGAGUGCCACGGAAAGGAAUGUUGCCUGAUUAAUAAUGUUAUUUCGAUGUA